AUGAUUGGUCCGGUGGCCCCUUACGUCCGAGUGGGCUUGGAAGUGCAAGGAGGAAUCUUAGCACUGAAGCUUUCGGGCCUGGUAAAGGACGAGGGGAAGAUUUCCAACGCACAAAUUGCGCUGAAGCAGAAGGGUGUCGACAUCUCGUACCCCGAGAUGCAGAAGCGCGUUCCGCAGGAUUACGAGCGCAUUCGCGACGGCGCGGAGGUGGAAAUUAUCAAUUCUGCGACACAGCCUGACAAGACGGCACCUCUUGGCGUGAGAUUGACAUCGCCGCCGAAGGUGCAGUUCGGAGAAAACAUGACCUAUCGACUCGAUCGCCUUGCAAGUACAGAUCAGACCAGGCGAAUGCUGGAGGCGUUGAAGGUCAUCCUCAAAAACCCAGCCUACGACCCCUCUCCAAUGAUUCCACAUGAAGUCCUCAGGCAGCUCAUCAUGAACCCCGUGGACAAGACUCUGAAGCAGGCGGGCUUGCAGAAUUUGCCUCUCGAGUCCGUGGACUUUAGCGGCAGCAAGUCAAAGCUGGAUGGCCUCCAACAAUUCAACCAGGAGGCCAAGCAUGUUUAUGCGCACUUGCUCAACAAGAGCCAGAUUGAAGCGCUAGUUUUGUCUUCUACUCGGCGGCUGACGCUGAUUCAGGGCCCCCCCGGAACUGGUAAGACCACGACAGCAGUUCAGAUUGUCGCGGCAAUGGUCCGGUAUGGCUUGGUGGAUCUACCAAUUCUUGUUACUGCCGACAGUAACACGGCCGUGGACAACUUAGUCAAGGGCAUCGGAAAGACUGGGGUGAACAUCGUCCGAGUCGGUCGGCCAGAGGCCAUCCGCGAAGAUGUGAAGGCUUAUGCCCUUGAUGGCCGCUGGAAGGACCUUAAGAAGGCCGAGGUGGUUUGUGCGACAUGCAUCGGUGCAUCCGGCACAACCCUGGACAAGGUUCGUUUUCCCACCGUCAUCGUGGACGAGUGCACGCAAGCAGCGGAGACAGCAGCAUUGGUGCCGAUCGCCAGAGGUUGCCAGCAAGCAAUCCUGAUCGGUGACCAGUGCCAGCUGCCACCCACAGUCUUGUCUGAUGUCGCCGAGACAGAAAAUCUCGGCGAGUCGAUGUUUACGCGGUUGGUGACGCAGGGCGUUCGGCCCUGCCUUUUGGACACCCAGUACCGCAUGCACCCGCUGGUGGCAGAAUUUGCCUCGGCGGCCUUCUACAAUGGGCGGCUACAGAACGGCGUGUCUCACAUCCACCGCAAGCCGCCCGAGGGCUUCCCUUGGCCACAGAGGCACAUGCCCGUGGCCUUUAUCAACUUAGAGAAGUGUGAAGAGAAGCGCGAGGGGCACGGCUCUUCCUACAUCAACCCAGCAGAGGCCGAGAAGACCAUGUGGGCGCUUCUCGAGGUCACCAAGAACGGUAAAAUUGGCCCGGAGGAUGUUGGCAUUGUGACUCCUUACAAGGGCCAAGUGCGACUCUUGAAGAAGCUCAUCAACGAGCGGCCGGGGCUUCAGAAGUUCCGGUCCGGCUUGGAGGUGGAAUCCGUGGACAGAUUCCAGGGCCAAGAGAAAGAGGUGAUUAUCUUCUGCGCAGUUAGAAACAAUCGCGAGGGUAAGGUCGGCUUCUUGUGCGACUGGCGUCGGCUCAACGUGAUGCUCACGCGAGCGCGUAUCGGCCUUAUCGUGAUCGGAAGCCGCAGCACUCUCAUGUCCGACCCACUCUGGCACGAAUGGCUUAUUUGGGCGGCGGCGCGUGGCGCCAUCUGUGGUGAGAGUGCAAAGGGCACGUGGGUGCCAAGGUACCUCGUGGAUGACCGCGAUGGCAUUUGGACAGUCAAGCAGAGUGUCAUCGAAAGUGUUGAGAAGGGCAUCGCGCCGGCGAAAGCCUCCGCAGGUUGCCUGCUUCAGCACUACCUUAACGGCGAAGCUGAGUACGAAGCUCCAGAGAACGCCUGUGGACUCCGAACUACUUGGUCGGUAGAGCGGAGGAAGAUGAAGCCCAUGGCGAAGCCGAAGAUUGAUCCGGAGUUGACGCCGGCGCAGCGAGCGGUGGUGGAUUUGGUGUUGCGCGGAAGGAGCUUGUUCCUCACAGGCGCUGCCGGAACAGGGAAGUCGCUAGUUCUCCGUGCUGUGAACCGCGAAGCCAAACGGCAGGUGGCACUGACCGCGCCCACUGGCGCAGCAGCCCUCCAGAUCGGUGGGACGACUCUCCACUCCUGGGCCGGCAUCGGUCGUGGUAAUGGAUCGACUGCGGAGCUUGUCGCCCGCGUCUGCGCCGACAUUGACGCCUGCAAUCGCUGGGUGUUUGCUACACUCUUGGUGAUUGAUGAGGUCUCCAUGCUUUCUGCUCGGCUCAUGGAUGCUUUAGAUGCCGUCGGCCGGGCUGCGCGGGGGAAGCCGAAGGAGGCUUUCGGCGGUUUGCAGCUGCUUCUGUGUGGCGACUUUUGCCAACUUCCUGCGCCAGAGGAACACUCCUGGGCUUUCGAGUCGAAGGUUUGGAGGGAAGUUGCCCGAAUCUCCGUCGAGCUGACAGAGGUGGAAAAUCCGGCGGAUCACGCCCUCGCGGUCCAGAAGAAGUUCAUUGGUCUGAUGCUGACCCGAUUCUUCGAUUGCCAGGGCCAACCAGGAAGGAUCACCUUGGUGCUGGCCGUGGCAACCGUCCCCGCGGUCCAAGCAGUCGUCGGCUUUCUAGCAGCCAAGGAGAAGGUGUCUGCAACAAAGGGCCUCGUGGCGUGCAAGGCAGGAAAGUUCGUGUCUGGCAGCGCUGCGGUGCGGAAGCUGCUUGGCCUGUCUGUCGGAAACAUCACCGUGGGACCAGCGGAUAUCAAGCCCGGCUACAUCUUGUACGUGCAAUCUACGAGCAGCAACAGGAAGCUCCCAAGCGGCUGCUCUGCUUUGCUGACUGGAGCUAAGUCGGCGCCGGCGGCCAAAGCCAAAGCACGAACUGCCCCUGCGCUCAAGCGGCCUGCCAGCGCGAGCUCCACAACGCCCAGCAAGGCGGCAAGGACGGGUGCGGUGAAGUUCCCCAUCGCCUGGGACAAGAUGCCCGGAGAAGGAGUCGGGUACAUCAAGUCCGGAUCAUUGAAAAGGGGUCACUUUGUUGACAGAGAGGCAGAGGAGAUUGAUCAGGAAAGACUGGACGCCACUUUGGGUGCGCUGGCUGCCUCCGUGAAGGCAGCAAAGUGGACUGCCGACGGCUCAACUUUGACUGCGCCCGGCGGCUUUAAGAUGCAAUGCUACACUGAGGUGGAGGAAGAGGAGGACUACCUCAUUGCAAUACAGACGCCGGAACACUCUCUGGUAGUUGGCAACCUUGGCUGCCACCCUUUCGUGGAGCUGGAGUGGAUGUGGUUUGGGAAUUCGGACGGCUCCACGGACCAGCCAGUACCGGAGAAAGCAAUUUCCAAGAAUGCGGUGAAGCUGUGCACCAAAGCUAUAGGCGAUGCACGGACCUUCAUAUUCCACCAGGUGCACUGA